AUGUCGCGGGCCGGCACAGUGCGGCAAUACGGCAAGCAGACGAAGCGGUCUCGCGCCGAGAGGUUAUUCGCAGAGCUACCACAAAGUCCCGUGAACAAGAUAGGCGGAGAGAAGAAGGUUGCUGUACUCCGCGGUGGGGAAAUCGACGAACUUUCCGAGCUGGUGGCGGCCGUGAGGAUUCGGGACGGAGAAGAGGAUCCGAGUGAAGCGGAUGAUGCACAAAGCGACGGGUCCGCGCCGAAACAACUAGAAGAAGAAGCGGCUCAGAUUACGGAGGAGACCAACAAAGAGAUAAGAGAAGAAACAGACACAGAAACGGAAUCAAAAUCAGUAGAAGACGAAACAUCCCACACCCAAGAAACAUCAGGCAUAACGGAAGGAGUCGAGGACGGCCUACGAAUAUUAACUUGGGACGACGUCUGUCCCUUCGGCGACAAGAUCGAAAAGAUCGCGGAAGCUUCUUACGCAGAAGUCUACCGCGUCACAAACCCCCGCGGCACCAGCAUCAUCAAAGUGAUCCGCCUCAAGUCACCAAUCCGCGCACAAACAAAAGCCCAAGAGCGCUCGGGUCUCGUGGACGAGGAGCCGCAUGACGAGGAUGACCUGAUCGGCGAGCUGAGGAUAUCGGAGUGGCUUGCUGACAUCCCCGGGUUCGUCGUGUACAAGGACAGGUAUAUCGUCAGGGGGAAGGCACCGAAGACCCUAGUGGAAACGCACCAGGGGUUUCAUCGGAGGAUGAAGAGAAAGGAUCCGGAUAGGUUGCAGUUUUAUCCGUCGCCGAGCCGGUAUCUGGAGGAUACGAAGUUUUUGGUCGUUGAGUUGGGGGAUGCGGGGACGGCGUUGGAGGAUUUUGGGUUGGAGAGUGUGGAUCAGUUGUGGGAUAUAUUUUUGCUGGUGGCUAUUGCUCUUGCGCGGGCGGAGGAUCUCAUCCUCUUCGAGCACCGGGAUCUACACGAGGGCAACCUCUGCAUCCGCCAAGCUAACCCGCCAAGAUCCCGGGAUGAAUCCCUCCCAGACGUCCACUUCGGCUACUCGGGCCUCGACAUCACCAUCCUCGACUACGGCCUCUCCCGCGCCGAAGACGAAGACGACAGCACCACGCCCCCCGUAGCCUACGAUCUCGAAAAGGACCUAUCCCUCUUCACGAGCACCCACGCAGACCAAUGCCGCGUCUACCGCCAAAUGCGCUCCUUCCUCCUCCGCGGCGACCGCAAAUGCCUCCCCGCCUCCCAGCACACGAAACCCUACGCCCCCGCAUUCGACGGCGACCCCAUUUCGUGGACGGUCUUCGCGCCGUACACCAACGUGCUCUGGUUGGCCUACAUCUACGAGUAUCUCGUGGCGCACUUUAGCGGCGAGAGGAAGGAACUGACGCGGUUCAAGAGGUUGACGAAGGAGAUGUGGACGCAUUUGAAUCCGGGGGCGAAGGCGGGGACUCCGUGUUUUGGGAGCGCCGGGGAUGUGGUGAGGUUUGCGGUCGAGGCUGGGUGGAUUUUGGAAAGUCAUGUUGUUGGGGAUGGGUCGACUUUUGUGGAGAGGGAGGAUAGUAUUGUUGUGGAGGAGGAGGGGGGGUCUGCGGCGAGGUUGAGACGGUCGCCGAGACAGAGGAGGGUGGAUUGA